AUGGAGUUCUAUUACUACAGCUACUCGGAGUCGCUGCUGCCGACUCGGCGCUGUCCGCCCUGGAAGUUGUUGAAGGAGGUGGCGAUGAAACUAACUGCGCACUACCUGCAAGAAACCAUUACCCUUUACCUUAAAUUUGGGACGGAAGAGGAGGUGGCGAAGCUGCAACAUGAAAGUUUCGUUCGGGGAGGAUUCAUACGCGACCUUCGCCUGCAUAUUGGGCGGAAGGGGAGAUGGCACUAUGGAGAGAACAAGUUCAUGGAGCUGAGGGACGAGACUGAGAAGGCGCAAGUGGACUGGGGUGCAAUUCUGGCCAACUGUCCGGCGUUGGAGAGGCUGGACUUGAGGUUGGUCCCGUUGGAGAGCAAGCACUUGCCAUUGUUGCUGAACGCGGCAGGGAAGCAUUGCUUGCAACUGGAUGCUCUCGUUCUGCCACGCAGGGAGGAGGGGAACAAGGUUGUGAAGGGGAAGAAGAUCGAGACGGUGAUGAAGGAACUCUAUGAGGCCAUCGAGCAGAUGUACGUGAAAGGCGGACGUGGUGGACUCAAGCAACUGACGGUACCCACUAGGAACGAAGCGGAGAGACACCGAUCGAUCACUGAGUUCUUGGAAAAUGUGAUGAAGUUCUGCCCCAACGUCGAGUAUUUGGAUGGACCCGAGCAAGUUUUCCAUGGGUAUAAUGGUGUGAGGUGCGAUGACAAGUGGAUGAUGUCAUUAGACACGUGGGAGCAGUUCAGCAAGACUUGCACGAGCCUGCGCAAGUUCCAUUGGGCUGCGAUGCCCUUUGCGGAUCCAUUUUUCAGUGCAUUUGGCGCAUAUCCGAAGAUGCAGCUGAAGGAGCUCACCUUGACUGCGAACUUACUAUGGACCUGGAAGGAGUAUUUCAAGCACUGCGAUCACGCUACUGCCACCGCGAUCAAGAACUGCCACGGCAAAGAUGCGAAGAACAUUCGCGCUCUCUUCAAAGGGUGCCCCGGUUUGAGCCGACUCAUCGUUGAGGUCGACUCGCAAAAGUACAACCCCACGCCGGCUCGACUCUUUACGCUCGACGAGUAUGGAGACAAGUUCUGGGGAUCAGUGGUCACGCAUUGCCCUCUCCUUCGGAGGCUUGCCAUCAGAAACUGCUCCAAUUUCGAAGAAAAGACGGUUACGUUCACGGAUGUCACGCUAUUCAAACUGGCCGAGCUGAAAUACCUGGGGCUGACGGAGAGCAACUUGGCCGUCAUGUGUACUGGUGAUGGAAUUUUCGACUUCAUGCGUCUCGUGAUUGAGAAGAAUUGCCGCACUGGCAACACGUUCGAGAUUGAUCUUCGUAUCGGCGGGCAGCAAGGCAGCGUGCCGAGGUUUUACUCCGUGGUGAUCGCUCUGCUACGCCGGCUUGCAGCAGUCAGCGAGAAGGACUUUGGCGCUGCCGCGCGCCGGCAGAAGUUCGAGGUGUACCUCGCCAACCCGUACAAAUCCAAACUGAACAAGCAGUGGAGUGGCUCCUACAUGUGCGGCCAACUGAGACCGCUACUGGAGCGCGUGCAGAAGCAGCAUCCGUCCCUCAAAGCAAGUACCCACAUCACCGGACAGACUGGAGACAGCUUCAGCAGGAUCGACCUCUUGACGCUCAUCUGGAGUCGUGACCAUUUUGGCAACAACCUGUUCAUCAACGGCCCCGACGACGAAGACUACGAGCCCCCUGAUCUCAACCUGCCACGAGACACCAUCAACCUCGCCGACUACCUCUUCAGGUAG